CGGGGUCUGGGACCUGGGCGCAUGCGCACUAUGUAGUGAGCGGUCCCGCCGGUUAUCUCGCGUUGUCCCAGCCCGCUCGCUAGCCAGAGCCAUGGCGGACGAGGAGCUGGAGGCGCUCCGCAAGCAGCGGCUGGCUGAGCUGCAGGCUAAGCAUGGGGACCCUUCUAGUGAUCCAGCACAACAAGAAGCCAAACAGAGGGAGUCAGAGAUGAGAAAUAGCAUUUUAGCUCAAGUUCUGGAUCAAGCAGCUCGUGCCAGAUUAAGCAAUUUAGCACUUGUGAAGCCAGAAAAGGCAAAAGCUGUAGAGAAUUACCUUAUACAGAUGGCAAGAUUUGGACAGUUAGGUGGGAAGGUAUCAGAACAAGGAUUGAUAGAAAUACUUGAAAAAGUGAGCCAGCAAACAGAAAAGAAAACAACAGUGAAGUUCAACAGAAGAAAAGUACUGGAUUCUGAUGAAGAGGAUGAUGAUGAUUAAAUGCUACUGUAAGAUUGCUUAACUGCCUGGAAAAAGGCAAAGAAAACAUACUGUAUAGGCAAAUUGAAAGUUCUGACAAAACAUUUAAAUGUACUUGCUUUCUGCAUUUUUUUGAUAAGCUUAAUAAAUAAAUGAACUCAUGUUCUGUAAAACAAAAUUUGAGAAGAGUUUUAUAGCUUAACUAUUUGUAGUAUUAAAGAGGCCUGUGUGGUAUGGAUUUUCCCACUGUAUUCUUAGCAUGAACUUUCCUUUGUCCUACUCAGCAUGUAAGCUAUCCUAUCAGCACCUGCCACUCUGUAAGUUGUUGCUACCAUAAGAGAGGUCUUGAGAGGGCAAUAAAAGAGUCUUAAGUUCAAACAGCCAAAGCCUGUAGGGGCUGAAAGAAUGACAACUCUGUCACAACAGUUGAUAUAGAAACAAGAUAUCCUUUAGUUGAGGGAUUAUCCAAUACCUCUACUGGUUGUCAAACUAUGGCUGGUGGAAACUUUUGUUGGAGUCUGCAGAAUAGAACUGCUGAUGAACAAGUUGGUGAAAAGAGAGGUGGUUCUUUGAGUGGAAUCUUACCAUGUAGUCUGCUGGAUGAAAUUGUACAUAGCAUAUAGUUUGAUUGAACCAGUUUCUUCUGGAAACUGUCAAGUUGUCUGUCUCUGCAGAAUGAGAUUAAAAAGUUGAGUAGAGUGGAUAUACAGUUGUGGUUGAAACUUAAUUGGAUAAUGUAAUACAACUCGUCAGAUAGUUGGUAACACAUGUUCUUUAUUCUCCUAUUUAUUAAAUGGUUGGAGUUUCCUUUUGUCAAAAAAGGAAAGGCCCCUGCUCUAAAUUCCAUGUGACAUGCAUGCAUAAAGUAAAACUGACCCUGUGUUGUUAUCUUAUUUGAAAAUACAGUUUGAAAAUUUGUGGUACAAAUACUAUUACAUCUUGUGUGAUAAGAUGGAAGUGAAAAGGGGAGAGACUUCACUACCAGAGAAGAGCUGUUUUCUGCUUUCAUUUAAGAGCAAAAGUGUACACUAUUCCAACUGUAACGGUUUGGAAUUGAUUAAAAUUUUGUUUAAAAAAGU